AUGUCCUCCCUCGCCCCUGCUUUCGAGGUAAAUGGCCUUGCCGCUGACGGCUUGGACGACGCAAAACCCACCCAAGUCUCGUGGAAAGAGUACCGCAACCUCCGACACAAUGUCCUCCCAAUUCGACCAUUAGGCUCGCAUGUCCCGGCACAUGGCUUCAAAUCUCCUCGAGAUGUGCCCAGCGACCGCGGCUUGCUGGCAGAUCCAAACCUUCCAAAUCUCUUAGGCCUUGGGGUCCAGAGGAUUGAUCUGACCCCAUCUAUUGGUACCCAAUUGACCGGUCUCCAGCUGAGCCAGUUGACGGAUGUGCAAAAAGAUGAGCUGGCGCUGUUGGCUGCGCAUCGUGGUGUCGUGUUCUUCCGAGACCAAGAUAUCACCGCAGAGCAACAGCGUGCUCUCUUCGAUUAUUACGGACUCCCCGAACUGCCGGGUGACAACCCUGAAGAUGGGAAAAAGUCUGCCACAAACACAAUCCAGGAACAGGAGCAGGACUAUCGAAAGACAUACAUCCAUUUCAAGUGGCCAUUUGCUGAUUUCCAUGCCGACUCGUCUUUCGAGAUCAAUCCGCCUUCGUUCUCUCUCCUACGAGUUGAUGAGCCUCCUCCCACCGGCGGAGAUACCAAUUGGAUCUCCGGCUAUGGAACUUUCGAAUCUCUCUCCCCAACUCUCCAGAAAUUCGUCGAGGGCUUGAGCGCAUGGCACAGCGCUGGCCAUGUUUACGACUCAGUAUUGAACCACUGGAGCGGACAUCCGCCAACACGACCACGCGAAACCCUGCACCCCGUCGUCCGCACUCACCCGGUCACAGGCUACAAGUCGUUGAACCUGAACUCGGGGUUUGUGGACCGGAUCGAUGGGCUCAACAGAUACGAGUCGGACAAGAUCCUCGAGCUGCUGUUCACGCACAUCCACACGGCCAUCGAUCAUUCUGUCCGCUGGCGCUGGGAAAAGAAUUCGGUUGCGUUGUGGGAUAAUCGGGCGACUACGCACCGUGCAACGCAUGACUAUGCGCCCAUUCAUCGGCAUGGAGUCCGAGUGACAAUUAUCGGCGAGAUACCUGUUUUGAAGAAGGAUAGUCGGGCGAGACGGGAGGUGGAAAAGGAGUUGAGGAAUCAGCCCAAUCUGCCUGCUGUGUACAAUGAGAACUUGAGGAAGGGUAAAUAUCUGACAGAGACAAAACCUGUUUUCUGA